AUUUUUUAAUACUUGUCCAGUGGUAAUUAGUGAAAGAUUGAACCUUUUUUAAUUGUUUAGCCAUACUGUUACUACCCUGCUGCUUAUGUUUAUGUUGCUCUAUUUAAAUGCUCCAUUUCCCAUAUAGUUCUUCUUUCUAGUCACACACCUUUUGCCUUACCCUUUUUCAGUUCUUAGAGAGAAGGAGCAUAAGAGGAAGAAAAGAACAACAAACAACACAUAAUAUUGGUCAAGAAGAAUGGGAGACAACAAAGAUCAGGAUUUCUUUUCCCACAAAUUUCCCACAACCUCUCAGGUGGUGGAAGAGAUGAAGGAGCUGUGGGGCAUGGCUCUACCUAUCACAGGUAUGAAUAUGUUGGUGUUUGUGAGGGCAGUGGUUUCUGUUCUCUUCUUGGGUAGGCUUGGAAGCCUAGAGCUAGCAGGUGGUGCACUUUCCAUAGGCUUCACCAACAUAACAGGGUACUCUGUUCUUGUGGGUCUCGCAGCGGGCCUAGAGCCUGUGUGCAGCCAAGCCUAUGGUAGCAAAAACUGGGACCUCCUUUCUCUUUCUCUCCAACGCAUGGUCCUAAUCCUUCUCAUGGCAAUCAUCCCCAUAAGUCUUCUCUGGCUGAACCUUGAGAGGAUCAUGCUGUUCAUGGGCCAGGACAGUGCCAUCACAGGAAUGGCAUCAAUCUACUGUUUCUACUCUCUCCCAGACCUUUUAACAAACACCUUGCUCCAACCAUUAAGGGUUUUUUUGAGGUCCCAAAAGGUGACCAAACCUAUGAUGUAUUGCUCCCUUGUGGCAGUGGUGUUCCAUGUGCCACUGAACUACUUGAUGGUGGUGGUGAUGGAGCUGGGGGUGCCCGGGGUGGCCAUGGCUUCUGUGCUGACCAAUCUGAACAUGGUGGUGCUUAUGGCAGGGUAUGUGUGUGUGUGCAGGAAGAGGGAGGUGGUGCUGAAGUGGGGGUGUGGAGGGGGAGUGGUGGCUGGUUUGUGUUCUGGGUUGGGGCAGUUGAUGGAGUUUGCUGUGCCUAGUUGCCUUAUGAUAUGUUUAGAGUGGUGGUGGUACGAGAUUGUGACUGUGCUUGCUGGGUACUUGCCACGUCCAACACUGGCUGUGGCUGCCACUGGUAUUCUGAUUCAGACAACUAGCAUGAUGUACACUGUCCCCAUGGCACUUGCAGGCUGUGUUUCUGCCAGGGUAGGGAAUGAGCUUGGAGCUGGAAAACCAUACAAGGCAAAGCUAGCAGCAAUGGUUGCAUUAGGAUGUGCAUUUGUGAUAGGCUUCAUCAAUGUGACAUGGACUGUGAUAUUAGGUCAAAGAUGGGCCGGGCUUUUCACCAACGAUGAGCCAGUCAAAGCCUUGGCUGCCUCAGUGAUGCCAAUUAUGGGUCUGUGUGAGCUUGGAAACUGCCCACAGACCACAGGCUGUGGGAUCCUGCGGGGCACGGCCCGGCCUGGUGUGGGGGCCCAUAUAAACCUGGGCUCAUUCUACUUUGUGGGCACUCCGGUGGCGGUUGGCCUGGCAUUUUGGUUCAAGGUUGGGUUCAGUGGGCUUUGGUUUGGGCUUCUGUCAGCCCAGGUGGCAUGUGCAGUGUCCAUCAUGUAUGUUGUGUUGGUGAAGACUGAUUGGGAAGCUGAGGCCCUGAAGGCUGAAAAGCUCACAAGGGUGGAAAUGGGUAGUUGCAAUGGGCUUAGGAACAAGGAUAAUGAGAAAGAUGAGGAAAUGAAGGGGUUGUUGGGGAAUGGAAAUAGGAACAACAAAGGUGACAUUUGCUAGGUAAAAAGAAACCACACCACAGUUAAGGAAUGACAACGGUUAUGACAUUGAGAUUUUGUUUGUUGGGAAGAUCAAUGGAGUUGUAGGCUUGUGAAUGGUUUCUUUAUCAUAAUUUUGAGGAAGGCUUAUCUUGUUUUCCUAAUUUUAAUUUCAUGUGUUUGGAAAACUGAA